CGGUCACCGGCUGCCCGCGGUGCGGGAUGUCCAAGACCCUGCGGAAGAAGCGGCACUGGCUGAGCAAGGUGCAGGAGUGUGUGGUGUCCUGGGGGGGACCGGCGGGGCCCGACCCCGAGCUCCUGCGCGGCGGAGCCGAGCGCGGCGAGUUCGCCUACCUGGCAGGCCGCCUGCUGCCGGGCGCUGAGGGCUCGCCGGGCCCCGCGUUGCUUUCGGGCAAGGCACCGGCGCCGGGGGACGUGCUGCUGGAGGUGAACGGCACCCCCGUGAGCGGCCUCACGCACCGGGACACGCUGGCCGUCGUCCGGCACUUCAGGGAGCCCGUGCGCCUCAAGACCGUGCGCCCAGGAAAAGUCAUCAACAAGGACUUGCGCCACUACUUGAGCCUUCAGUUCCAGAAGGGCUCAAUAGACCAUAAACUCCAGCAAGUGAUCAGAGACAAUCUCUACUUGAGAACCAUCCCUUGCACUACAAGGGCUCCCAGAGAUGGGGAGGUCCCUGGGGUAGACUAUAAUUUCAUUCCUGUUGAGCAGUUUAAAGCACUGGAAGAAAGUGGAGCCUUGCUAGAAAGUGGAACCUAUGAUGGUAAUUUUUAUGGUACUCCAAAGCCUCCAGCAGAGCCCAGCCCCUUUCAGCCUGAUCCAGUGGAUCAAGUUCUUUUUGACAAUGAUUUUGAUACCGAAUCACAGAGGAGAAGAACCACGUCUGUCAGCAAAAUGCAGAGGAUGGACAGUUCUCUUCCGGAAGAGGAGGAAGAAGAGGAAAAGGAAGCAGUUAAUGGCAGCGGAGGGAUAGAAAACAAAGAAAAACAUUCAGAUUCUCCUGACUGGAUGAAACCUGUUCCCAGCUACAACCAGACAAGCAGCUCCAUGGACUUCAGAAAUUACUUGUCGAGGGAUGAAACCCUGGAACCCCUGCCCAAGAACUGGGAGAUGGCCUACACUGACACUGGCAUGAUCUACUUCAUUGAUCAUAACACCAAGACGACCACUUGGCUUGAUCCACGGCUCUGUAAGAAGGCCAAAGCUCCUGAAGACUGUGAAGAUGGAGAGCUUCCUUAUGGAUGGGAAAAAAUAGAAGACCCUCAAUACGGAACAUAUUAUGUUGAUCAUAUUAACCAGAAAACUCAGUUUGAAAACCCAGUAGUGGAAGCCAAAAGAAAAAAGCAGCUAGGACAGACUGAUGUUGGCCCUUCAAAAUCAGGGGCAGAGAAGUCCAUUUUCACUAGAGAUCCAUCCCAGCUUACAGGAGCACUGAUACGGACCUCACUGAAGAAAAGUACAAUGGGUUUUGGCUUCACAAUCAUUGGAGGGGACAGACCUGAUGAGUUUCUUCAGGUGAAGAAUGUGUUAAAAGAUGGACCCGCUGCACAGGAUGGGAGAAUUGCACCAGGUGAUGUCAUUGUAGACAUAAAUGGAAGUUGUGUCCUUGGCCAUACCCAUGCAGAUGUUGUCCAGAUGUUUCAGCUAGUUCCUGUCAAUCAGUAUGUGAACAUGACUUUGUGUCGUGGUUAUCCUCUUCCUGAUGACAAUGAAGACCCUGUGGUAGAUAUAGUGACAGCUACACCUAUUAUCAAUGGACCGCCUGUGACCAAAGGAGAUGUUUCUCUGACCAGCCAAGAUCUAAUAGCAGGAACAGUUGUGUUGGACCAGAAUGGAAAACUGGGCCCUAUGUUGGUCAAUGGUCGUCUGAAUGGGCCUUCCAUGGAUACAACUGAACAGAGGAUCUCUCUUGCAUCUUCAGGAAGCUCUCAGCCAGAGCUGGUCACCAUUCCUCUAGUCAAAGGUCCUAAAGGGUUUGGGUUUGCCAUUGCAGACAGUCCUGCAGGACAGAAGGUGAAGAUGAUUUUAGACAGCCAGUGGUGCCAAGGCCUUCAGAAAGGGGAUGUAAUCAAGGAGAUUUGCCAUCAGAAUGUACAGAGCUUGACGCACCUGCAGGUGGUGGAGGUACUGAAGCAGUUUCCAGUAGGAGCAGAGGUGCCACUGCUUAUCUUAAGAGGAGGUCCACCCUCGCCUACUAAAACUGCCAAAGGGAAGGACAAGCAGGACAGUUCAGGAAGCUUGGAAGCCGUCAGCGAUCCCAUCCCACAGCCAAUGCCAUUUCCACCCACUGCUGUACGACCAGGCUCUCCUAAACUGGACCCUUCAGAAGUCUACCUGAAGUCUAAGUCUAUAUAUGAGGACAAACCUCCAAACACGAGAGAUUUGGAUGUUUUCCUACGAAAACAAGAGUCAGGCUUUGGUUUCCGGGUGCUUGGAGGGGAUGGACCAGAUCAGCCUAUUUAUAUUGGAGCCAUAAUCCCACUGGGAGCAGCAGAGAAAGACGGCAGGCUUCGAGCUGCGGAUGAGCUGAUGUGCAUCGAUGGAAUCCCUGUGAAAGGGAAGUCACACAAACAAGUUUUGGACUUAAUGACCAGUGCUGCACGGAAUGGUCAGGUGCUGCUCACAGUCCGGAGGAAGAUCUUCUUUGGUGGGGAAAAGCAAGCAGAGGAGGAGGAGUCACAGCCUGUCUUCACACAGAACGGCUCUCCCCGGCUGAAUCGGGUGGAGUUUGCAAACUUGCAGUCCCCAGAGGUCUACGAUGUCCGUCUGCAGCGGAAGGAGAAUGAAGGAUUUGGCUUCGUCAUCCUCACCUCAAAGAACAAACCUCCUCCUGGUGUGAUUCCUCACAAGAUUGGGCGAGUUAUAGAUGGGAGCCCAGCUGACCAGUGUGGGAAGCUGAAAGUGGGAGACCGCAUCUCGGCAGUGAACGGUCAGUCCAUCAUCGAACUCUCACAUGACAGCAUAGUGCAGCUCAUCAAGGAUGCAGGCAACGUGGUGACUCUGACUGUUGUGGCUGAGGAAGAACACCGUGGUCCUCCCUCAGGAACAAACUCUGCCAGGCAGAGUCCAGCUCCGCAGCACCGACCACUGGGAUCAGCCCAUAUCAACACUUCCAGCAUAGACAGGGGAGCUACGGAAAGUGAAACUGGAAAAGAAGUUUCAAGUAGUUACAGGCUUUCCUGGCCUGAGCAUAAGCACUUGACACAGCCUGAUGCUGGCGUGGCUUCAGUUGUUGGUAGCCGUCAUGCCCAGGUACAGAAUCCUGGCUGUUUCCCAGUGGAGUUGGAAAGGGGCCCUCGAGGGUUUGGAUUCAGCCUUCGAGGAGGAAAGGAAUACAACAUGGGCUUAUUCAUCCUUCGACUCGCUGAAGAUGGGCCAGCUGUCAAGGAUGGGAGAGUACACGUUGGUGACCAAAUAGUUGAAAUCAAUGGAGAACCCACACAAGGAAUCACUCACACACGAGCCAUUGAGCUGAUUCAGGCUGGAGGGAAUAAAGUUUUGCUGCUGCUGAGACCAGGGACUGGCUUGAUCCCAGAUCACGGUGAUUGGGAUAGUUCUCAUCCAUCUUCGUCAAAUGUAAUAUAUGAAGAACAGUCACCAUUAUCUUCAUCUUCACAUUCUGCUUCCCCAUCAGAAGUGUGUUAUUUACCAGUACCAGGAGAAGCUUUAACAAGAGUUCAGCUGUCUGAGAAACUGGAACAAGCAAAGAACACUGUGCCUGAAAAGAUAAGCACUUUAACUGAAAAACAGUUUGAGAUGAAGCCUCAGUCUUCUCCCCAGAGAACUAAGAACAGAGGGGAAUGUCCCUCCAGUCCUGGGUUUGAAAUCACAAAAGGUACUUUGGAAGUGAGGACGAGAAGAGACAGAUCAGCAAGUCCAGACAAGCUUGGGGCUGCGGAGAGCCACCCUCAGGCAGGAUUCCAUAGAAAAGGGGAUUCUGAAAAAUCCUAUGGCAAUCUCUCCCAUAAACCUGAGGGUUCCAGAAAGAGUGAGAGUAAAGCCACAGAACUAGGGAUGAACAGAAAAGAGUAUUCCAGUGGCAAUCCAGGGCGAUGUGCCAGUCCCCACAGGCAUCUCGGUAAGCAAGGGAGCGUAGAAACGCUCAGCAGGUUGCAGGAAUAUCAAGCUAGAACAGCUGGUGGUGAUAAAAGGGCUGCUGAGGAAUGGAAAGGUGGAAGUGGUAAAACUGGAGUCACCUGGAUGGACACAAAGCAGAAGACUGGUGGGAAGAGGGACGGGUGGUCUCCAGAGAGACAAUGCGCAGCAUUUGACAGAUACCAUCUUCCAUUCAGUGACUCUAGGAGAAACACACCUGAGGGUGAACAAAUGAAGAAGUCAAACUCGGGAGAGCCAAGUUCCAGCAGAUUCAAGGCUUCCAGCCUUUCCAAUCUUCCCCUGCUUUCCAUGGAGAAACACAGAAGGCUGGAAACACAGGAGCCUAUUACACACGGAGAGAGACACAUGGGGCUGCCCGAUGAAACCAAAGAUGAUGGAGUUUCCAAAUCUGAGAGUAGUUCUCCAGUCAAGAAAACACCAAUCACUCCUGGCCCUUGGAGGGUACCAAGCACCUGUAAAGUCACCCCAGCAGCAGCUGUGGCUGAAAAAUGGGCCUGACACUUUUCUAGAACCUGUUUGAAAUCCCGUUUCUAAUAGCGGUCAUUUAAAAGCGUCGUUUCUUUGCCCAAAAUUGUCCUUUUUCUCCCAGAAACUGGUUAGAGGGGGGAAAAUAUUUGAUUUGUUCUUAAAUUAUCUCAGCUGCAUGAAGGACCUUUUGGAUUGCUUAACUGAAGCUUCCUAAGCUGCUGUCCCCUUGCCCUUUUGAAGGCGGUGUUCUGCUGCUCAUCGUUGCACUGCUACGGCUUUCUCUGAUAGUAUUGUGAGUCCUGAACAAGUUAUUUAAUGCCUAUAUCGCAGAUGUGAUCAUGACUCCCUCCUUGUUCUUGUGCCAAGUUACCCCUUGUAUCCAUCUAAUCCUUCUCCUAUGUACUUCAGUCAUGGAAACGGCAAGUGUCUGAAGUGGGUGUUUGCUCCAGAGCAUGCUGCAUGGUCACACAAGGAAGUACCCAUGUUUUUACUGGGUCAGUAAGAUAAUGGGUGAGUUGGUUCUGUUGAUUCCAGGGCAGCAACGAGCCACUGAUGCUGUCCAGUUAAGAGGUUUUCUUACAUUUUUAUACCUGCCAGAAAAUCCUGUAAGUAAAAACUAUAUUUGACAUAAUCCCUGGUUUGUAAGUUUGCUUGUUAUGACCAUGGCAAAAUGGCUUUGUUUUCUUAACUCCUCAGGAUGCUUAGAACAUCUGUGUGCACACACCUGAAAAUCCUGCUUUCUGUUAAGUAACAGCAUCCCCUCAGGUUCACUUGUGGUACCCUCAGCGCGCUUGGUCAGCGUGAGCAGCGAGUGUGCAUCUUCAGCCUCGCUGUGCUGCUGUGUCCUGAAUCCCAGAAUUCCUUCAUGUAAUGCCAGUUGGGAAUCAGAUGGUUUUCCCUUCUGUAUGAAACGGGGUGGCCUUUAGGACAGAACCAGCUUCUCAUGCCUGCCUGCGUGGAUUGGACAUCUCCCAUGUUUUACAUUGAACACCUGGUCUGUUCUAAGAGCACUAAAUAGGUGAUCUACAGGGUACAUGAGGCUUAAUAUCUAUUGUUUGGGCUAGAAUACCUGUUUUAAAGAGAGGAGCGAUGCCACCAGACGCAUCAGUCUGACAGCUGGAAGAACAGCCGGCUGCAUACAUGGAAGAGGCUUGUUUUAUUCAUCCUUUUAGUGAUGAUUUCCUGAUGGGUUUUUAGGGGCUGUAAAAGGUGGUAAGAGGAGCCCCUUGGUGCAGUUUGGAGAAGGAAGUGUCAAAGGCCAAGCUUUAUGUACUCACCUCAGCAUUCAAACUAAUAGGACUUGCUGUUUGAAUGAGUGAAGAUCUCAUGUGA